GCAGCGGGGGAUGGCGUCUGCCCCUGGAUCCAGUGGGGCGAUUCUCGGCAUCGUCGACCGAAUCGUGCGCCUCACGGCAAAUGAGCAGGCGGCGGGAUCUCUGCCACAGAUGGACCUCGACCAGCUCCGAUACCGCGCGGCGGAGGCAGCCCAGAUGUUGGGCCCCGCGAGCAGCGAGGGAGCGGUGGCCGCGGCUGCGCCGACGCUGUGCGCGCUGGCCGUGGCGUGCGUCGGGGUGGUGGAGAGCGCAGAGCUCAGCACGGGCCUCGCGCGGCUCGUCUCCGCGGGGUGCGAGGUCCUCGCGGGGCUGCUCGCGACCAGGUCGGGGGGCAGCGGCGGCGAGUCCGUGGAGCAGCUCGUCCACUUCAGCUGGGUCGACGAGACGCUCGAGGACUUAUCGGAUCAGCUGGACUUCCUCUCGCUGGAGGUGUACUGCGGCCUGGCCCGCCUCGAGAGCGCCGUCACGGAGUCCGACGCGCUGCCGAUCGUGUUGGACCCGGGGCAGGACAGUUUCGGAACUUAUUGGGGCAGUUUGGAGCACCGCCAGGCCUUGCAGGACCUGUCCGCUUGGCUCCUGUGCGUCGUCUUCCGCGCCUUAGGGCACCAGGUCUCGGCCAAGCGGCUCAUGGAGUUCGCCAACCACGACUGCUUGCUGUUGUGCGCCUUGUUGCGCGGACUCUUCGCCGCGCACGCUGGAGACAGUGGUCUCCCGGACGACCUGCUGCAGGUCCAGGGCUCGGCGCUGGAUGCGCUGUGUGGCCUCACGGCCCCGGAGCUCGCGUUCUCGUCCCCAGGGAGCUGCUGCGGGGACAGUAUCGAGGCCCAGAAUCAAGCCCUGGACGUCUACCUGGAGGUGGUCUGCGCCGCCGUCGUGGAGACAGGCUUGUUCGGCGCGGCUCUGGACGUCGUCUUGGCCAGCGCUCGCAAGGACGCGGCUGGGCUCGGCACGGGAGGCGUGGCCAUUGCCCGUGGCGCCGGGCUCUUGGGUUUCUUUGCCGCCCUCGUCCUGGAGGCCGACACCGCUGUCGUCACCGAAGACGACCCGCGCCCCCCGCCCAUCCACUUUCGGGAGGAGCUGUACAGGCACGCCGACAAGCUCGGUAGCCUGUUGGAGGCCGUGCUCGCUGCGGGCAGCGGCACCCCCGCGCAGCUGCGCGGCCUGGUCUCGAGCUGCGCGGCGCUGUCCGCGGCGCUUGCCGCCGCGCGCGCGGCCGAGAGCUCCGAGGACGGCUUCACCCUCGCCUGCCGCAUGCUGCUGCAGACCUGCCUGGAGGCGGGGCUGGGCCCCGCGCCCGACGCGGUCGUGCUGGCCGCGCUGGCGGCCCUCGCCGCCAAUGUGGAGGACCUCGAGAUCUCGCACGCCCGCUUGAGCGAGCUCAUCGCUGCGCUCCAGCCGGAGGGCCGCGCGCGGGCGCGCUCGCGCCUCGUGCACUCGGACAAGCGCGGGAGGCUCCCCGUCUACGGCGACGCCGACCGAGUGCUAAUGCUCUUCGACGAGCGCAAUAGCGUGGCCACAGUGGCGGCUCCCUCGGCGCCAGCGCCGCGGCCAUUGGAGGCACCGCGAGCGGAGUCGCGGCAGCCGGGUGGCUUACGGAACCUUUUGGCGAACGCGCCGCAGGAUUCCCCGGUUGUCUCCCUCAUCCUCAUUUUCUUUUUCCUCCGACUUCGUAGCCAUUUUGGCGUGUCGUGGGCGCCGCCGCACGGGUUUUUGGGAUGA